UAUCUAUAAAUAUCUCAAACUUUAGUAACCUUAAGAUAUAACCUUCAUACUCUACAUAGCUCACCAAAACCUCUUUUUUCAAAGUUCUCUUUUUCUUUUCUAUCGAUGGCAGAAGAAAAACAACAAGGAGCUAACCCUUCCUUGGAACAGCCAAGUAAUGCAAAAACAAGUUGGCCUGAGCUGGUUGGUGUGACUGCAGAUGAAGCUGAGAAGAAGAUAAAGGAAGAGAUGCCUGAGGCUCAAAUUCAAGUGGUGCCCCCUAAUACUCCUGUUACUUAUGAUUACAGGUUACAGAGAGUUAGAUUAUUUGUGGAUGAAUCUAACAAGGUCAUUCAGACUCCAACCAUUGGCUAAUAUUUCAUCAACUCAAUGUCAAGGAGAGGAGAUAUACUUGUAGUUAUGAAGCUUGUGAUGUUGUUUGAAGAAUAAAUGUAAUCUCUUUUUUAACUAUGUGUGUGUCUUUUUCUCUUGAAUAAUAUAUCUCCUUCAACAUUA